AGACUCAAAAUCCAGGGCUGAUUCAUGUUGAGAUACUUGUUGGUCACUUCUGCCAUGGAGAUUCACAAAUGGCCCCAAUGAAGUCCGGGGGCUCUCCAGCCAUCCCAUUGUAUUGCCAGCACUUCUGACUUCAAAGGGUUUCUGUCCUUUUUUCCCCCCAUCCAUUGAACACAAAGUCUUGAGAUCAGAUGUCUUCAACAGCCCUGAAAUCUGGGAAGAUAAGUGCGUACGCAGCAGUCAAAGUAGACCCAGAUGGAGAUUACUGUACUCCUGGAGCAUUUGACCUGGAGAGGCUCUUCUGGAAAGGCAGCCCCAAGUACACACAUGUCAACGAAGUGUGGCCCAACCUCUACAUAGGAGAUGAGAAAACUGCACUGGACCGUUACAGCCUUGAAAAAGCUGGCUUCACCCACAUCCUCAACGCAGCCCACGGCCGGUGGAACGUGGACACAGGACCAGAAUACUACAGUGACAUGAAUAUCGAAUACCACGGUGUGGAGGCAGAUGAUCUCCCCACCUUUAAUCUCAGCCCGUUCUUUUACUCUGCUGCGGAGUUCAUCCAUACAGCACUCCAGAAUGAGACAAACAAGAUUUUGGUACAUUGUGCCAUGGGUCGCAGCCGCUCAGCUGCCUUGGUCCUCGCUUAUCUGAUGAUUUACAAGAACAUGACGGUGGUUGAUGCCAUAGAUCAAGUCCUCCAGCACAGGUGUAUUCUCCCAAACCGCGGCUUCCUGAAACAGCUAAGAGAACUGGAUAUAAAACUGGCCCUGGAAAGGAGGGACAACAUGAAUGGGACCAACUCCUCUGAAAAGACGGGGACCAGCACAGAGACCGAGAUCUAGCAUUCCCUAUAUCUGCCAAAGAAAACAAAUAUCUAAGAAAGAAUCAGCUAGUUUGACACUAUGAGGCCAAGAGAGACAUUUGAUACCAAGUCAGGGCAGGCAUAGGGAAAGGGUGAGGAAUUGUUCAUAGUUCAGGUGCCUUAAGGAUAUUUUCACUUGAAAAUGCAGACAGGGAAGAAAUGGACAGCAAAACCACCUUGAUGGGGCAUUGCAACAGAUGGAGAAAAUGGCUCUUUUUGAAAAGUUGCUUUCCAGAAUUCUGAUUGAGGAACCAGUUGUUAAUGAGUUCUCAUGUGUCUGUGUUCUGGCUGAGUACUCUACUUUAAAAGUCCAUGUUCUAAGAAUACAAACAAAAGAACUGGGAUUAAUUCCCUGCUAGAAAAUGAAUUGUCAUUCAUUGUAUUUCUGUGAGCUUGAAAGCAAUGUAAUUGCUUGCUCAUAGCAAAUACAAAGUAUACACAGUACACCUAUACAUUUUCUCUCCUCCCUAUGCCAAUACAUAUUGGUAAGGAUGAGUGCCUCUUUUAGAUGGAUUGAACUACGUUGUCAAUUUGCUGGCUGGAUUUCUUUCUAAUCUCACCCUCAGUAGCAGUAUAUUGGACUAUUUUGUAUCUGCACUGAUUAAAAUAAACACAUGCAAGUGAGCAG